AAGCAUGUUUCUAUAGUCCCCGCCAGUUCGCUGCGUCGCUAGCUCAAAUUGUACGCGGUGGUCCAAAUUCUUUAGUGUCGAGUUGUCAAGAUAUUGGACAAGUGUGUUGGAUGGAGGAUCUGUGAUCAGUUAUUGAAAGUAUAUGUCUGAUGCGUACGAAAGUGAUUGUGAAGAACUUCCAGUGAAAACUGUAAAGAAGAAGAAUAGAAUGAGAAUUUUGGUUGCAGUUUUAUUGAUUGGAUUGAUAGGAGUGGCGGUGGCCAUUCCUACUGUAAUGUUAACUCGAAAAUCGUCCACUUCCGACCCAUCAGAGAACGAGGUUGUGACCUUCGACUUUCCGUAUGUGACCCGCUCAGAAUGGGGGGCAAGGCCGCCUGUAGAGACGCUGCCGCUUCGCACACCUGUGCCCUACGUGGUCAUCCACCAUUCCCAUACACCGAAAGCUUGCUACAACAGACAGGACUGUAUACAGGCUAUGAAGAGCAUGCAGAAUUUCCAUAUUGAUGAUCGGCAUUGGUGGGACAUUGCCUACCAUUUCGGAGUGGGCAGCGACGGAGUGGCAUACGAAGGCAGAGGAUGGCCUAUUCUUGGAGCCCACGCGCUGCAUUUCAACAAUAUCAGCAUUGGCAUCUGCGUUAUUGGCGACUGGUCAAACUCCACCCCGCCAGCAGAGCAGAUAAAAACCGUCAAAUCCUUAAUAGCAGCUGGCGUAGACCUUGGCUACAUCCAACCGAACUACAAGCUACUCGGUCACCGUCAAGUCAGGGACACUGAGUGUCCCGGUCAGACCUUCUUCGACGCAGUGAAGGUCUGGGACCACUGGUCGCCCUUCCCUGCAUCGCAUGAGGACCUGGUCAAUGUACCGGAGCUUAGUGAGGAGUUUAGGAAGGAAUAUAAUAAAACGAUUAACGCAGUUUGAUGUUACCUUUAGUGCCUGUCCCACUACGAAUAAGAGUCGCACUAAAACAGCAGAGAUUGGCAAUCAGAACAUCUGGAAAUAUCAUCAAUAAUGUGACUAAUAUAUGAAAAUAUGAUGGAUUAUGCCAGUCGUUACAACCAUCGAAAACCAGUUAAGACGCUACAGCAGCGAAAAUGCUAAAAUGGAAAGGAGCCCCCCCUUUCAAUUUGGGAAUUUUAGUCAAAUUUACUAGUGCUAUUAAUUAGAAUUAUCGAAAAAAAAAACAUUAAGAACAACUCAGUUAAAAGAUAUUGCGAAAAAAUCUUUAAAAUCGAGGUUCCGCUCUCGACUGUUUCCUCCUUCGAAACAUAAUCAAUGGGAACGAAAUUUGGGAAUCUGAACAAAAAUAAAAUGAUCUGUGUCAGACCGUUUACUUUUUUUGGCUAAUUGUUACCAAUCUUGAGUAUCACACC